AUGAUAAUUAAAAGUGACAACUUUUAUCUAGUCCUUAUUUUUACAAGUGUUAUUUCAUCAUGUGUGUUUUGCAUUGGUUUCUUCCCUUAUGCCACUUUUAAAGAGCUAAAACAAGAUGAAAACAAAUUUGGAAACUUUUCACAAAUUAAUAGAACUGUCCUUAUGAUUAUUGAUGCGCUGCGGUUAGAUUUUAUGGAUAGUGAAUCGUUUUCUUAUGUGCAUCAUUUAUUAGAAACGAAAGAGGCUUGUUUGCUUAAGCUGUUUGUCAGUUUACCAACAGUUACUAAACCAAGGAUUAAAGCGUUAACAUCAGGUACGAUACCAAGUUUUUUAGAUGUCGCUAUGAACUUUGGCAACGAUGAAAUGAAAAUUGACACAUUUCUACAUCAACUUCAUAGACGUAAAGAGAAAAUAGUGUUAGCCGGUGAUGAUACUUGGCGAAUGUUUCGAUUUUUCGAUCGCGAUUAUGCAAACCGUGAUUCUCUUUUUGUUAAUGAUUUCUAUGAAGGUGAUAAAAAUGUGACUACAUCUUUACGAUUAGAACUCAAACGAAAUGAUUGGAAGCUGCUAAUUUUACAUUACUUAGGAUUAGAUCAUAUUGGUCAUGUUGAAGGUCCUUUCAGUAAACUUGUCCCACCGAAACUGAAAGAAAUGAAUGAUGUUAUUAAAUUAAUUCAUUUGAAACUUUUGGAGUGGAAUAAAAAUUCAAUGAAAAAAUCAAUUUUAAUAGUGACUGGAGAUCAUGGAAUGAGAGAUACCGGAGGGCAUAGCGGAAAUUCUUUUCCUGAAACUCAUAUUCCUCUUUUGAUGAUUGGAGGAAGCUGCGAAAGUAAUAGAGAUAAAUUUUACAAACAAAUUGAUUUUGCGCCAACAUUCUCGAUAAUGAAUGGACUUCCUGUGCCAUCAUCAUCAAUUGGGUCAAUAAUUCCUGAAAUGUUGGUAAACCUGAGUUCCUUACAAAAAUUAAGUGUACUAGAGGCAGUUAAUCAAAGACUUGUUGAAAUGAUAAAAGAUAGUGAUGAACACGAAGAAUUAAAAUUUCUCUUCAGAAAAGCAAAAACUUUUCAUCAAAUGUUCAUCAAAGACUUUACCAGUAAAAAUGCUUAUGAAAGAGCAGAGUCAGGCUAUUUGGAAUCAUCGAAGAAGAUUUCUGAAAUUUUAUCGCAAGGAUCGAUGGAUGUUAAUCUAUUGCAAGUACUUCUUGGCUUGGUACUCAACAUUUUAAUCGCAAUAACUAUUUUAAUUCCUUGCGACUUCGCUACUUUAAAAGAUGUAAAGUUAAGCUUUGAAAGUUUCAUUUUAUUUAUUUUAUGCGGAAUUCCUUUGAAAUUUCUAAUAUUGAAUGAAAUUUUUCAAGAGCAAAAUGAUUUUAAAUCAUUUUUCAUGCUGAUCAUUAUGUCCAUUGCUUUGAGAAUUGUCAUAGGAAUUUUGAAAGCAAAACUUGAACGCUUCAGGGGAUUUAAAUUUUUCGAUAAUGAUUUGCUUUAUCUUCUGUUGCUGGGACAUUUCUUCUUUGCUGUAUCAGUCGGAAGUAGUUCAUUUGUAGAAGAAGAACAUCAAAUUUGGUAUUAUUUUUGUAAUACUAUGUUCAGCCUCUUCGCAUUCUUCGAAAUUCGAGGACGUAAAAACCCAAAUGCAACUGUCAGUGCCAUAUCACGAUGCAUUCCUUUUCUUCUUCUUCAUGUAGUCAUCAGAAGAAUGAACCAAACUGGUGAUCGUUGGAUAAGCUUGCCUGACUUAAGUGACUGGCUUCAUCAAGAUGCUAAUCAACAUUGGCUUCAUGUUUCUAUCGUUAUAAGUUUGAUAGCAUCAAGUGCAUGGUUGCUUCGUAUUCAUACAUCAAAACACUUAAUUGUUCCAUUCGUCAUUGUUGGAAAUAUUUUACUUUAUUUUCAUCAUACGAGGACAAUCAACAACAGAAAUGACAUUCCCAUAACAACUUUAUUUUGGAUUAAUUUAUGCAUCAUUGUUACGAUUGAUUUAGUUACGAACAUCAACAAGAACCCCACCAAAAGAUUAAAUUUUUUUGUUGUUUUCUUUUUAUUUUCUCUGCUUCUUCAUCAACCACAAAAUGUUAUAAUGCCAUUCGCAUGUUCAGUCAGUUGUUGGUUUGUAAAUGCAACGUGCAAUAAUAUUAUUAAAAAUAUGAAUGAGAGAAUAAUUGCGAAAAUCAUUCUCCAUAUUUGGAUAGGGAAAUUGUUCUAUUUUUAUCAGGGAAAUUCUAACAGCUUAUCAACGAUCGAUGUUAAUGCUGGAUUUGUUGGACAAAUGCAUGUUCAUCUGCCAAUUGUAUUCAUAUUUUCAACAAUUAACACAUUUAAUGGACAAUUGAUAUCGUUGUUUCUUCUUAUAAUACAUUUAAUUGAGGAAUCUAAAAGACUGAUGAACGAUUCUGCCAUUAUCACUAGACUUUUCUUUAAAUGGCUGUCAAUUCUUACAAUCAUUCCUACAACAGUAUUUUUAAUCGUGAUCACUUUGUUACGUCAUCAUCUUUUUAUUUGGAGUGUUUUUUCACCUAAACUUUUGUAUGAUUUCUUUGCAAGUGCUUUGAUGCUUCUCAUCAUGCUCAUUGUAAAAGUUGCUGUUAAAUUUUAAGUGAUACAUUGUUUUCAUAAUUCCUUGCACAAUUUAAAUUUUAAAUCAAUUUUAAAGUUUUUUUUUUCAUUCGAAAUUUAUUGUUCAUUAAUAGAAUAAAAUUUCAUAAAGAACAUAAAAGUUACUUAAAAAAUUAUCACUUUUCAGAAAUGUCUUCAAUCUUUUAAUUUUUUGUUUUAUGAAUAAAUUCGAGAAUAUCUUCGUAUAAAACAUUUGGAAGUUCCAUUGCAGGAAAAUGACCUCCUUUAUCAUAAUAAGAUGAAUGAAUAAUGUUUGUGUAUUUAUCCUUCAUAACAAAAUUUGGCUGAUGCAAUAAUUCAUGUCUGAAAUGUGCACAUCCAGUUGGCACAUUAGUUGGUACACGAUCAAUGUUAUAAACACUUAUUUCUCUGAAAAAUUCUUUUUCAAGACGAACGGCAGUUGUGAUUGAAUGAGACAAAUAAUAAAUCAUAAUGUUGUCUAAUAAUGCAUCAAGU